GUUCCUCCGACGCCCCAGGUGCUAAUAUGAUAAAGCUCACAGAGCGAAUGAAGCGUGAAUUGUGACACCCGAUCAUCGUCGGACGGUGUUAUUUUCCUACCAUCAACAAUCACCAGAGAUAGUGUAGCGAUAAGAGUGUUCCUAUACGGUGGUGUGGACGCCCGGACGUCCGUUUCGAAACGUUCGACAAACUUGACCAAAUGCGAAUUGUCAUCGUCAGUGCUCCCGAUAAGUGGCGACGGAAAAGGUUGAACUUUGCAGCGGGGACGUGUUUAAAGUUUGAACAAAAGAAGAACUCCCCCGCAGUGCUGUGUGGUCCUAGUGAAUAGGUGAAACGUAAAUUGCUAUCAUAGAUCGUUACGCAAUUCGGAAUUAAUCUGAAAUCUGGAUUGAAACAUGUCGUUGUAUCAUCGCUACAGCAGAAAACUUGGUUCACAGUAUGAGCCAGGAGGCUACGCAAGCCAGGUACAGCAACGCUCCAACAUGACGCAACGCGAGGGCAUCUUCAAGUUCGAAAACGAACGGAUCAAGACCCUGCAGGAGGAACGGUUGCACAUCCAGAAGAAAACCUUCACAAAAUGGAUGAACUCGUUCCUAGCGAAGGCCAAGAUGGAGGUGGACGACCUGUUCAUCGAUUUGGCCGACGGCAUCAAACUGCUCAAGCUGCUCGAAAUCAUCUCGGGCGAAAAGCUGGGCAAGCCGAACAGCGGCCGCAUGCGGGUCCACAAGAUCGAAAACGUCAACAAGAGCUUGGCCUUCCUGCACACAAAGGUCCGCCUCGAGUCCAUUGGAGCAGAAGAUAUCGUCGAUCACAACCCCCGGUUGAUUCUGGGUCUGAUCUGGACCAUCAUUUUGCGGUUUCAGAUUCAGGAGAUUGAAAUAGACGUGGACGAAGAAAACGAGUCAUCGGAAAAGAAAUCCGCCAAAGACGCCCUUCUGCUGUGGUGCCAGCGAAAAACCCAGGGCUACCAACAUGUACACAUUACCGAUUUUACCAACUCGUGGCGAUCCGGUCUGGGCUUCAACGCACUCAUCCACUCGCACCGGCCGGACCUGUUCGACUACAACAGCCUUAUGCCGGGCCGGAACAUCGAAAACCUCAAUCACGCCUUCGAAGUGGCCGACCGAGAGCUGGGCAUUCCUCGGCUGUUGGACGCCGAAGAUAUCGACACCGCCAGGCCGGACGAAAAGUCGAUCCUCACAUACGUGGCUAGCUACUAUCACACGUUCGCUCGGAUGAAGAACGAACAGAAGGGGGGCAAGCGAAUUGCUAAUAUCGUCAACAAACUAAUGGAUGCUGACAAGAAGAAGAUGCAGUUUGAAAACCUUAUCACUGAUCUACUCAGUUGGAUCCGGAAUAAAACCACUGAAUUGGAGGAGCGGAAUUUUCCCAAUUCCGUUGAAGGCAUACAAAGAGAAUUGCUAUCAUUCAAAGAGUACCGUACCAUCGAGAAACCUCCCAAAUACAAAGAACGGUCAGAAAUCGAAGCUCUGUUUUUCCACGUCAAUACGCUUCUGAAAUCGCUUAACCAACCGCACUACACCCCACAAGACGGAAAAAUGAUCAAAGACAUCGAAAAGGCGUGGCAACGGUUGGAAAAUGCCGAACACAAUCGUGAAGUUGCGCUCCGAGAAGAGCUGCUCAGGCAAGAAAAACUGGAACAGCUCAACUACAAGUUUGAGAAGAAAUCAGUAUUAAGAGAAGGAUAUCUGAACGAAAUGAUUCAGGUCCUGUCGGAUCCCCGUUACGGUGCAAAUAUUCGGCAGGUGGACGCUACGGUCAAGAAACACGAGGCCAUCUCCGCUGACAUCCUGGCUCGAGCGGAUCGGUUCAACGACCUCACAGAUAUGUGCAAUGAACUACACAAUGAAAACUACCACGGGAAGGAACGGGUUCAAAUUCGGGAAACUGAAGUCAUCACCAAAUGGAAAGAAUUACUAGAACUACUGGAAAAUCACAAAACCAAAUUAACGCAAAUGAGUGGACUCAUGAACCUUCUACGAGAAAUUGACGCCACAAUGAGCACAAUACAAGCUUUGAAAGUUCAAUUCGCCUCGGAAGACGUUGGACCACAUUUACUAGGAGUUGAGGAACUCCGUCAAGCUCACUCGCUGUUAGAACUGCAAGUCACCACGCUGGGUGAAACCCAACGAAGAUACAUCCGCCAAGCAGAUGCGUACAAAAAGUCUGGGACAAAGGACACCAGCCAGCUUGAUCAGAAACUAGCGGAGCUGGCAAAAUCCUACGAGGAACUACAAGGCUGCAGUGCAGAGCGCCGUGCACGUUUAGAUGAAGCCCAUGACUUCUACCAGUUUGUAGAAGAUCACGAAAACGAAGAAGGGUGGCUUGUAGACAAACAACGUAUUUGCAAGGCUGGCAUCACUGCUAAAGAUUUGCGUGCGGUUGUUUCCCUUCAGCAGAAACACAAAGCUCUCGAAGACGAGAUGAAAGUCCGUAAACCUAAAACGUUCCAAAUUACAGAGGCCGGUAAGAAGCUGAUAGUUGAUAAACAUCCCCGGAAGGCAGAUGUUCAAAUUAAAAUCGAGUCACUUCAGGAGCACUGGAAAGCUCUUGAAGACCUAGCUGAUGUACGCAAGCGACAACUAGACGACGCCGCGGAAGCAUAUCAAUUCUACGCCGACGCCAAUGAAGCGGAUUCGUGGCUCAACGAAAAGAUGGCGCUGGUCGCUUCUGACGAUUUUGGAGUUGACGAACCGUCUGCGCAGGCGUUACUUCAACGUCACCGAGACCUUCAAGGUGAACUUAACGCCUAUUCCGGAGAUAUCCUCAACCUUAACCAACAAGCGGAUAAGCUUAUAAAGGCGGGCAUUUGCACCUUAGAUCUGUCUGCCGAACCAGAGCCGACACAAGAACUGGAACAGGAAGAAUGGGUAAACGAGACCCGUUUAGUCCCGAAAGAAGUAUGGGAAGAGGAACCCGUUGAACGCCUCGAACAUAAAACUGUUACCGAAAACAAACUCCUGCCUCACGUUAGAGCGCUGUAUCCCUUCGACGGACAAGGCAUGAAAAUGGCCAAAAACGAAGUCAUGAUUUUGCAGAACAAAACUAACCCCGAUUGGUGGAACGUGCGGAAGCUUGACGGCGCAGAAGGAUUCGUACCAGCAAACUAUGUCAAAGAGAUUGAAGCCCGUGCAGUUCCUUGCCUAAUCCGCAAAGCCGAAAAGGUCAAAGUGAUGCAGAAGGUCAAAAAGACCAUCCUGGUCAAACAAGUCGUGCCAGUUAAGCGUGUUCGACCAGCUAAAGUCAGCCAGGUGAAACCAUUAGUCAAACGACGUAACGAAGGUGACACAUCGAUCGACAAUAACGACAGUGUCGACAAGCGACAGAAGGACAUCAACAGCACGUACGACCAACUGCAGGAACUCGCAGAAAGGCGCCGUGCCUUGCUGGAAGAUUCCAUCUGCCUGUUCCGCUUCUAUCGUGAGUGCGAUGACUUUGAGAAGUGGAUCAAAGAUAAGGAAAAGAUGCUGCGUACGGAUGAUCCCAAGGAUAAUGUGGAAAGUGCCAAACGGAAGUUCGAGACCUUCCUUACUGAUCUGUCAGCUUCAUCGAAGCGAGUGGAAGCCAUCGAUUCCGAUGUAGAAGAUUUCGUCCGUCAAGGACACUCCCAGCUGGACAAGGUGAAGGCUCGCCAGCGACAGAUUCAUCAGAUGUGGGAGCAUCUGAACUACCUGAAGGGACAGAAGGAGAAGAACUUGGAAGGGGCUUCCAGUGUGGAGUUGUUCAACCGCACCUGUGAGGAAGCCAUCGACUGGAUGAAUGAAAAGAUGACCCAGCUGGAUACGGCUGAAGUCGGUCCAGAUCUGAAGACUGUGCAGGCUCUUCAGCGACGUCAUGAAAAUCUUGAACGAGAGUUAGCGCCCGUACAAGAAAAGGUAAGUCGGGUUAAUCUUCUCGGAAAUACGGUGAAGAAUUCGUAUCCUUCUGAAAGGGAUAACGUCACGGAGAAACAAAAAGACAUUCAAGGGCUGUGGAAGAAGGUUGAAGAAAAGGCUAAGGAGCGCAGAUCGCGCUUGGAGAACGCUGUUGGGCAGCAGAUAUUCACCAAUAGCUCAAAGGCUCUAUUGAAUUGGAUCGAUGGAGUGCAUAACCAGCUGAAUGCAGCGGAAACUGCCAGAGAUGUUGAAACCGCUGAGAACUUGUGGAAGAAACAUAACGAUCUUGGAGAAGAUAUCAAAGCCCACGAUGACGAAUUUAAACAACUUUCCCAGCUUGGAAAACAGCUGCUGCAACGGAAUCCUAAUCUGGUAGAAGUACCAGAAACUUUGAAGAAGCUAGCUGCUGAACAGGAGGCCGUCUACGCCGCUUGGAAAGUUAAAGAACAGAAAUUGCAACAAUGUAUUGAGUUGCAGGUGUUCAAUCGCGAAGCGGAUAAGAUUGAUGCCACGACCAAGAGCCACGAAGCCUACCUGGAGUACGAUGAUCUGGGCAGUUCAUUAGACGAUGUUGAGGCCAUCCUUAAGCGCCACACUGAUUUUGAAAAUAGCCUCGGAGCGCAGGAUAAGAUCCUGAAGAAUUUCUCAGACGGGGCCGAUAAGCUUAUCCGUAAUAAUCAUUACGAUGCCAACUACAUUGCCGAGCGACGUGAUCAAGUACUUGCGCGAAGGGAGAGAGUUAAGAGCCUGGCCCAGAAGAGACGCAAUGCGUUACAGGCUUCGAAAGACUUCCAGAAAUUCAGCGCUGAUGUGGAUGAUUUGAACACAUGGUUGACCGAUAAGGCCAAGAUUGCGGGCGAUGAAAGUUACAAAGAUUUGACGAAUCUACCGAGAAAGCUGCAAAAGCAUAAAGCGUUCGAGCGGGAACUACGUGCUAACGAAGGACAGCUACGCACGGUAAACAAAGAGGGUGAAGCAUUGAUCAAGACGAAUAACAGAGCCGAGGAAGUGUCGUUGAUGCUCGCAGCGGUAAACCAAAAAUGGAAGGAUUUGAACCAAUCUUCGCUGGAGAAGGGAAGACGUUUGGAGCAGGCUUCGUUACAGAGGGAGCACAAUCGUAAUAUUGAAGAUGCCAAGAGCAAGCUGGAGGAACUGGAUGCUGCUCUACAGAGUAAGCAAGUUGGAAAUGAUUUGCGCAGCUGUAAGGAUUUGAUGAAUAAGCACCAGAUUUUGGAGAACGACGUCGGAAUGUGGGAGCAGAAGGUCGCAGAAUUGGUUACUUCUGGUGAGGAUAUGGCUCACGAGGGACAUUUCGAUGCGAACAAUAUUAAGAACGAGACGAAGAAACUGCAAAACCAGUUCAAAAACCUGAAGGUGCCAGCGGCAAAGCGACGCGAAGCAUUGGAUGAGAGUUUGCGCUUCCACAAAUUCGUAUUUGAACUGGAUGCUGAACUGCAAUGGAUCAAUGAGCAUUUGCCAGCCGCAAGCUCGGAAGUUAUUGGACAAAACUUGCAUCAGGCCCAGAGUCUGUAUAAGAAACACAAGAAGCUAGAAGCUGAAAUUGAAGGUCAUCAACCAAUGAUCAACCGCGCUUUGACGUCAGGGGAGAACUUGAUCAAUCAGGACCACCCGGAAAAGGCAAAGGUUAAGGAACUUUGCAAUACUUUGGAGCUGGCAUGGAAUGACCUACAGGAGAAGGGUAACGAACGGUCCAAAAAGUUGGAACUGUCGCUUAAAGCUCAGCAGUAUCUGUCGGAAGCCAGUGAGAUCGAAACUUGGCUUGGAGAACGCAAUAACGUUUUGCGAUCAACAGAUUAUGGACGGGAUCGUGACUCCGCGACCAAGUUGCUAACGAAGCACAAGGGUAUCGAACUAGAGCUGGAUACCUAUUCUGGGAUCGUUUCUGAAAUGGGCCACGCUGCGUCAGCAAUGGUCACUUCAAAACAUCCGGACAGCAAGGUGAUCGCAGCCAAGCAGCAAUUGAUCGAAAAGAUGCUGAAAUCGCUACAGAAACUGGCAGCUCAACGGCAGCUACGCCUGAUGGAGAGUCUUUACCGGCACGAGUACUUCAUGGAGUCCGCUGAACUGGAGCAGUGGAUAAAGGAGCAAGAGCAGGCCGUCAACUCGGAAGACUACGGCCAUGAUUAUGAACACUUAUUGAUCUUGAAAAACAAGUUUGACGACCUGAAGCACCGUAUCGAAGUCGGAGCGGAACGAUUUAACCAAUGUGAAGAGUUUGCCAAGAAACUUAUUGGCAGCGACAGUCCAUAUGUGGCAGAUAUUGAAAAGCGUCAGGAGCAGCUCAGAGGAAGGCAGCCGGUCUACACCGAGGCCCAGCUGGAUGUCGUUGAACAACAUGAUCAUAUCUGCAAUUGCUGGCAGAACCUGUUGAAACAAUUGGCGGCUCGUGAGAAGAAGCUUCACGCCGCUGGUGAAAUUCAUCGAUUCCAUAGAGAUGCCGCCGAGGCGUUGUUCCGCAUUCAGGACAAAAACGCAGCCCUGAGCACUGAGUUGGGUAAGGAUCUCAACUCGGCCCUUGCCUUGAGUCGCAAACAGGAAGCUUUCGAAAACGAACUAGUCGCCCUGGAAGCCCAGCUGCAAUUCUUAGUGGACGAUUCGCUGCGACUGCAGGCCAAAUAUCCCGGAGACAAUGCCAAAGCAAUCGCAGCUGAACAGGAGAAUGUUAUCCAAGCAUGGAACAUACUGAAGGAGAAAUCCGCUCUGCGAAACGACCAGCUGCAGGCCAGCUGCGAUCUACAGCACUUCCUUACCCAGGUUCGCGACUUGAUGUCCUGGGCAACGAACCUGCGAGCGACCUUGCAAGCAGAGGAACAUGUCAGCGAUGCGACCGGAGCCACGGCCCUGAAGAUACAACACGAUGCCAUCUACGGCGAAAUUGAGGCUCGGGAAGAGACAUUCCGCUACCUGAACGAAUUGAGCGAUUCGAUGGUGCAAACCGGCCACUAUGCUGCUACAGAAGUAGAAGAGAAAUGCUCCGCACUGCUGGAUGAACGUGCCAAGUUGCACUCGGCUUACAAUAAGAAAAAGAUCCUACUGGAACAGAAGAUUGAUUUGUUCUGCUUCAUGCGAGACGCAAAGGUCAUCGACAAUUUGAGCAGCGGCCAAGAAGCGGCUCUCUCUAGCUCAGAUUUUGGACAAACAGUGGAAGUAGUGCAAGACCAGGUUAAAAAGCACGAUGCUUUUGAGAAAUUAAUUCAGACACAAGACGAAAAGGUGGCGAUCCUGCAAGACCAUGGCAGGAAACUGGUUGAACAGAAUCACUACGACAGUGAAAACAUUCGACGCCGUUUGAGAGAAAUCAUCGAUCGCAGACAGAAGAUCAAGGAGCUUUGCGCUCUUCGGCGACAGAAACUGCAAAAUGCAUUGCUGUAUGCUCAGUUCAUUCGGGACUGUGCGGAAGCCGGAGCAUGGAUCAACGAGAAACAAAAGAAACUGGAAGCAGAUGCAACGAGUUUUGCCGACGUUUCCAACAUGGAGGACAAAGUUAAGAAACUUCAAAAGCAUCAAGCAUUCCAAGCCGAAGUGGCUGCUAAUGAGGGGCGCAUCCGGGAGGUUAAGCAGAAGGGAGAGAAGCUAAUCAAAAAGCGACACGAGUGCGCGGCUGAAAUUGAAGACGAAGUGAGGAAACUCAGCGAAUCGUGGAAUGUUUUGCUGAAUGAAGUUGCAUCACGAGGACGAGGUUUGGAGGAGGCACAGGACAUCCUCGAAUUCGAUAGUCAAUUGGAUAAAUUGGAAGCUUGGAUUCGCGACAAGGAGAUGAUGGUUCAUGCAAGCGACACCGGUCGCGAUCUUGAACAUUGUAAUGCUUUGAAGAGAAAGUUGGAUGAUGUUGACUCUGACAUGAGAGUGGACGAUCAAAGGAUCAAAACGAUCAACGUUCUGGCAGACAAACUUCUAACUCAAGACAAGGCACCUAAUGAGGCCAAGAACGUCCAGCAACGCCGCAAUAACUUCAACAACAAAUGGAAGUCACUGCAAGGAGCAUUAAAUAAGUAUCGAGAACUCCUAGAUGGAGCCAACGAAAUCCAUUUGUUUAAUCGCGACGUUGAUGACACAGCUGAGAGAAUAAGCGAAAAGCAACUUGCGAUGAGCGUGGACGAUACUGGACGAGAUUUGAACGCAGUGGAAGCCCUCAAGCGUAAGCAGGACGCCAUAAAAAGCGGUAUGACUGCCGUACAACAGAAGAUCAGAGAGCACGAGAAGAGAGCCAUAUUGUUGGCCCAGAAAUAUCCCGACAAUGCAGUUAACAUCGAGGCGAAACUGGAAGAACUCAAACGGCAGUGGAACAAUCUUCAGGCGGCCAGCGUAAAGCGAGCGGAAGCACUGGAGAAUGGCUACACUGCGCACAAGUUCACAGCGGAUGUGAAGGAGCUCGAAUUGUGGACCAACGACAUCAUGAAGAAAAUGGACUCGGUAUCCAAUCCAAAUACUAUCGCCGAAUGCCAGGCUCAAAUUCAGCUACAUCGCGAGCGGAAGGCAGAAAUCGAUGGUAGAGAUAAGAUUUUCAAGGCCCUCCAGGAACAUGGCGAACAGCUGGUUGCCGAUAACAAAGCUAUGGGAGUUAAGAACGACAACGUGGAGAAGGCGUUGCGUCAGUUGGAAGAUUUGAAUAAGCAUCUCCAUGACUCAUGGAAGGGUAAGGAUCGUUUCUUGAAGGAAGCCUACCAAUUGCAGCAGUUCAAAGAGCAGGCUGAUCAGAUCGAAGCUUGGUUGGCCAAUAAAGAAGCAUUCUUGAACAAUGACGAUUUGGGAGAAUCGUUCACGGCUGUAGAAGCCCUGAUCAAGAAGCAUGAAGGCUUUGAAAAAUUGCUUGCUGCAAGCAGAACCGAAGAAUUGGAAAAAUUCGCUGAAGAGAUUCUGGCAGAUAGUCCAUUUGAAGCGGACGUCAUCAAGCAGCGUCUGUACUCGGUGAUCGCCAGAAAGGAUCGACUACUGGCUUCUUCGGCUGGACGCAAACAAAAGCUGCAGGAAUCGCUACAGUUGCAACAGUUCCUGCGAGGAUUGUACGAAGUCGCUAAAUGGAUCUCGCAAAAAAUGCAGAUCGCCUCGGAUGAGAACUAUCGAGAGCCGAGUAAUUUACAAAGCAAAAUUCAGAAACACAUCGCCUUUGACGCUGAACUCGGAGCGAACUCGAACCGCGUGACGGCAAUUAUUGAAGAAGGCGAGACUCUCAUCAAUGCAGAACACUACGCCAGCGCCCUUGUGCAGGAGCAGUUAGAUAUUCUAGAAAACGAUUGGCAGAAACUGCGUGAAGCUUCUCGCGAAAAGAAAGAAUGUUUAGCCGAAGCCUACGAAGCUCGUCUUUUCGAGCGUAAUCUUGACGACUUCAAUAACUGGAUGGACGAAGUCGAAAGCCAACUCUCAUCGGAGGACUAUGGCAAGGACCUAGCUUCCGUGAAUAACCUUUUGAAGAAGCAUGAAAUGCUGGAAGCAGAUGUUGCCCACCACAUGGAAACCUGCGAGCAAAUCAAGACCACCGAUGACAAGUUCCUCGUUUCCGACCACUUUAUGAAAGAUGAACUUCACGAAGUUGCAAUGAUGACCAUCAAACGGUACCAUUCCCUUCAUGAACCAACCACUAUUCGGCGCGAUAACUUGGAGGAUUCAUUACAGCUGCAUCAAUUCCUACGCGAUGCAGAAGACGAGCUCUUGUGGUUAAACGAAAAGGAGCCUCUAGCAGCAUCAAAGGACCUUGGUAGCAGUUUAACUGCUGUGCAGAGUUUACAGAAAAAGCACCAAGCUUUGGAAGCGGAAAUCCUAUCGCAAGAACCGAUCAUUUCCUCCUUGAUUCAAAGAGGACACCAAAUGAUUCGAGAAAAUCACUAUGCUGUAGAGCAAAUCGAAGGUCAGUCGAAUCUCCUGCAGCAAAAAUUAGUAAACUUGAGAAACCUCACUAACGUGCGAAGACUGCGGUUGCUUGACGCUGUUGAAAGUCAGCAGUUCUAUGCCGAAGCCAACGAAGCGGAAUCCUGGCUGAAGGAGAAGAAGCCAAUCAUUUCAUCACACGACUACGGAAAGGACGAAGAUUCUGUUGGGUCGCUCCAGAAGAAACUGGACGCACUUCAGCGUGAGUUGGUGGCGUUCAGACCAACUGUCGAAAAAAUCGAUAAACUGGCUGUAGGGCUGCAGGAGCGUGGUCACUUCGACAGUGAAAAGAUCAAGACAAAGAACGAUAAGAUUCAGUAUCAGUUCCAUGAGUUGAACCGACUGGCAGGUGAACGGGAAAAGAAAUUGGCCGAAACGAAGAAGCUGUACGAAUUUAUCCGGGAAAUCGACGAUCUACAGGAGUGGAUCGAAAUGCAGAUUAAUACGGCUGGUUCAGAAGAAUAUGGAACCGAUGUGGAAGACGUAGAACAACUAACGGCACAGUUUGAAUCGUUUGUUUCGAAUAUGAAUUCCAACGAAGCUCGCGUCAAUGCCUGUGUUGCGAAGGGUGAGUCGCUGUUGAACGAGGGCAACCCGAAUAAAGACAUUAUUAAGGGCAAACGAGACGAAACGAAACAACUGUGGGAAGAGCUAAGGGACUUGGUGGGAGCCCGACAAGAAGCUUUGGCUGGGGCUAAGCAGGUGCACUUGUUCGACCGCACUGCAGAUGAAACAAUUGGAUGGAUCCAUGAGAAAAUUUCAGCAGUUCUGUCAGAAGAUUACGGUCAUGACUUGGAGUCGAUCCAGGCUCUGGUGCGGACGCACGAAAGUUUCGAAGCUGAGCUGGGUGCCAUCAAAGAACAGCUGGAAUCUGUAGUUUCUGAAGCUCAAAAACUCGGCGAUACUUUCCCCGAUGCCAAAGAACACAUCGAAGUGAAGCGAGAUGAAACGAUCGAAGUAUGGUCUGUUCUGAAAGAAAAGACGAUUCAGCGCAAAGAAAAACUUAUGCAAGCGGAACAACUGCAAGCUUACUUCGACGAAUACCGGGAUCUUAUGGCUUGGAUCAACGAAAUGCUGGCGCAGAUCACCGCUCCAGAAUUAGCCAAAGACGUUGCCGGAGCGGAAGCCCUGAUCGGAAAAAUCAAAGAACAUAAGACCGAGGUGGAUUCAAGAAGCGAAGCGUUCGAUACGUUCUACAAAACAGGCAACAAGUUAAUCAAAGACGGUCAUUUCUUAGCUAACGAAGUGCAAGAGAAAAUCGCUGUGUUGGGACAACGGAAACGUCUCCUGGAUAACACUAUUGUGCAACGAGCUGAAAUCUACGAACUCAAUCUGGACACGCAAUUGUUCUUGAAGGAAGCAGAAGUGAUCGAGAGCUGGAUCAUUACGCGGCAGGUUCAGCUCAAAGACGGUAAACUAGGGGAUUCCAUUGCUCAGGUCGAAGAUCUUAUUCGAAAGCACGAGGACUUCGAGAAAACCGUCGCAGCACAAGAGGAGAAAGUACUGGCUCUGAAGCGAAUUACUCUGCUGGAACAAAAGUUCAAAAAACAACUGGAAGCCGAACAAGCUGCUCGAAUAGCUGAGAAGGAACGAGUCGAGCGAGAGCGCCAUGAGGCCCUCAAGCAAAAAGAAGUGCAACGAAUCACCGAAGAACGCCGAAGACACGAUGUCAACACGUCGGUCACCAACGGUUACGAUACCCCCAUCAAGUCAUCUACACCUAGUCAUCUCUCCCCGGCCGCUGGUCUAUCCAAGGAAGCUCCGGAUGUGUCGCCGGUACAAAAGUCCAACUCGUUUGCCACGAUGCUUCAGGAACGGCUUCGUCGAGGUUCCGAGGGCAACAUUAAACGGGCUGAAAGUAUGAAGAUCGGUCCUAAGCCUGCCAAACGAACGCCGUCGUUCACGACACGGCGAAGAGCUCAGAGCUUCCGCAAGAAUCAACGGGGAGUUGAACCUGCUGAACCUGACCUACCGCCAGUAGAAAUGCAGGGAAUGCUGGAACGAAAACACGAACUACAGUCUGGUGGAAAGAAGGCUCCCGUUCGCUCGUGGAAACCUUUCUAUACGGUUCUAUGCGGACAGUUGCUGUGCUUCUUCAAGGAUGUUGAUGAUUUUGCCCAAAAGAAAGCCGCUACCGCGCCUGUUAACAUUCUGAAUGCCAAAUGUGAUCGAGCCGAAGACUACACUAAGAAGAAGAACGUCUUCCGAUUGGUGUUACUCGAUGGUUCAGAGUUCCUGUUUCUGACUGGAUCGAAAGACUCUAUGAACGAGUGGAUCAACAAAAUUGCCUUCCACGCAGCGCUGCCUCCAAAUCUACAACUGAUGAGCUACGAUGAAUCCAUGAAGCACUCUUCCGGUGCUGAUGGGAAAACCCUUGGCCUUCAGAUUAAUCCCCAAUCCCCGAUCCUGGAUCGUAGUGACGCCAACUCAUCAAUCAGCUCGCGGACCUCGUCGCCAGACUCGCAGCGACGGGAUUCCCGGGCAUCGUUAAACAGUGCCAAAUCCGGCGGAUCUGGCAGCAAUGCUAGUAGUAGUCUCCAAACCCCACAGAUAGCUUUCCUUCAGAAGCAGAAAGAACUAAGAGAGCAAGAGAAUCAGCAACGAUUAUCACAUCAGCAGCAGCAACAACAACAGCAACAUAUGAGUACCUUCCAUACGCCCCAAAGCCCAACCCAGGAAUUCUAUGUGCUAGCCGACAAGCCUCCGAUACCUCCGCGAGGAGUUCCACCACCUGUACCGCAGCGACAGUCCAGCACCGAAAAUAUGCUGAAUAACAAUGUUAUCAAUAACAACAAUAGCACAGUACAAAUUAGGCCCAAAACUAGCAGCGGGAGCAGUGGUAGUUUUAAUGGAAAUGACCACGACAAUGGCAACUACACUAAUGCACCCCGACCGUUUUCUCAUCAACCAAAUACGGUGAUCCAGCGAGGAGUUCCUGUAAAUGGCAAUAACAACAACAACGGAAACGGUGAAGACGUCUGGUUACGUCACAGUGAACUGAGGUCAUCCGAGAUUCCUCCACCACCGUUACCGGCGACGUCACCUCCAUUGAGUACGUUUUCUCCGCUGAAACCCCCUUCGGGCUAUCAGCAUCAUCACCAACAGCACCAUUCCCCGCAACAAAAACAAAUGCAGAUGCAGGACCAAUUCAUCAAACGGGAACAGGCGGCCAGUAGCAACAACAACAACUAUGUUGGCAGUAGCAGUUAUCUGAAGAUGAGCAGUCCCACUGGCCGAGAACCCAACAACAACAACGUCGCCUCACGGACCACGUGGCAUCAUCAUCUUCAAAUGCCAGUUCCGCAACCGCCACAGAUCCCACAUGGGACCAACGGCGGUAUGGAGUACCACAAUCACCAGCAGCAGCAUCAAACAUCCAUCAACAAUGGGAGCAAUACUUUCGGGAACAACACCAACCUGGACGGAUAUACUUCCGGUUGGGGUCAAUCUCGCCACGAAGCUAGGCCGGCUUCGCUCCCAGUAGGAGGGGGACCCCCCGCCAAUAGCAACUCCGGUGACAUGUCCGCACUGGUGCUUGGAAGGCAGCAGCAACAGUCGGCGGAGAGUUCGAGCGAAAGUGAAGCCAGCUUUAUCAAGGGCGGCGGCAGCAAAGACUCCAAGGACAAGAAGGCCGGUGGCAGCGGAAUGUUUAGAAUGUUCUCCAAGAAAAAGUCCAAGAAUCACAAUUAGGAAACGGUGGGUUCCUAAACAGGAGUUGUAUUAUAGAAAGAGCCUCCAUUGUAAUUACUUCCUAAGAUUAGUUUCUAUGUUGUUAGAAAACGAUCUAAAAGGGAAACUUAUGUGUUUUUUAGUUUCAGUUCGAGUUAUGUUUUAUUUAAAUGCAAAAGUUAUUUUAUCACAAACACACCAUAGUAGAAAACUUGUAGUAAUAUCGAUUGAAGCAUUACUUACGAAGCAUCAGAUUUUUUUAAUAGAACUUAAGCAGCCUGCCCCAAGGUCACGAGGACCAUCGAAUGAAUGAAACAGAUGUAGACAUUGGUUUAUUUAUAUUCUACAACGGCAACUCGUUUCGAAAACAUCCUUAUAGCAUUUUUAUGUCCAAGCAGCUCUGUAUUUGUAAAUCUAUAGGAAUAGUUAUCUAUUUGAACUUCAGUCACUGAUCAGGAGCAAAAAGUUACACAAGAUAUAAUCUGAAGAUGGCAACACAGUACAGUUAUUUAAAUUGUUAAAAUUUGAAGAAAUUCUAGUUAAGGCAAUAUGGUUUAGUAAAAAAUAUUGAAAUAAUGAAAA